CUCCAGGCUCACCCGCCCCCCGUCGAUAGGGGCCCGAUCCAAGCUGCCCCCCGCCAGGAAGGAAUGCCCCGGUGCGAGCGGUCGAGCCCGGGUGCUGAGCGUGGGGGAGAAGCUGAUGAGGGCCGGAAGCGACGGGAUCCUGAGCAGGCAGAAGUCUUUCAAGGACAAAGCGCAGGGCGAGAGCCGGCCCGAGGCCCCGGCGCCCCCCGGCCAGGGUCCAGGUGAGAAGGGCCAAGAGACGGAGGUGCUCCCUCCCAAGAGCCGGAUCAGCCCACCCAAAGUGGCAAGUCCGCUGCAGGGCUCUGUGCACAAGCAGACCAAAAGCAACCUGAAGGUGACCUCCCCGGAGGACACGCAGCACGUCGGCCGCAGACAGGCCUCCCCGGAUGGGACUUCGAGGGGGGACGCCAAAGGCAGCCGCACUGUCCCCCGCAGGCACACGUUGGGGGGAGCGCGCGGCUCUCGGGAGAUCCUGGCCAUGCAGCCGCCCGACAUGGACAAGAAGAGGGAGGCCUUCCUGGAGCACCUGAAGCAGAAAUACCCCCACCACGCCUCGGCAAUCAUGGGCCACCAGGAGCGGCUGCGAGAGCAGUCUUUACAGGGCAUGCUCUCCUCCCUUCACUCAGAGCUUGACAUUCAGAGGUACUUGAUGAAAAUCCAGUUGCCUCACAGAAGCAGAAGCCCGAAGCACGGCCCACACUCCAGCACCGGCGACCAGGUCGACCACCUGUCCCUGGCCUCCCUGGACUCGUUGGACGCCAUGUCCGAGGCCGACUCGCCAUCAGCCUUCACCCGCGGCAGCCGGAUCCGUGCUAGCCUGCCCGUGGUGCGAUCCACCAACCAGACCAAGGACCGCUCGCUAGGUGUGCUGUACCUGCUCUACGGGGACGAGACCAAGCAGAUCCGCAUGCCGAAUGAGAUCACCAGCAUGGACACGGUCAGGGCUCUGUUCGUCAGUGCCUUCCCGCAGCAGCUCACCAUGAAGAUGCUGGAGUCGCCCAGCGUCGCCGUCUACGUCAAAGACGACAUGAGGAACAUUUACUACGAGCUCGCAGACGUCAGGAACAUAGCGGAUCACUCCUGCCUGAAGGUCUACCACAAGGACCCGGCGCAGGCGUUCAGCCACGGCCCGAGGCCCGCCAACGGCGAUGCCAGGAUGCACAGCGAACCGAUGCAUGCCGUUCGGGAUGGCCCGCCCCCUCUGAGGCAGCCCCCCGUGGGCCCCCCGGCACACCACCCCAUGCAGGGAGCCCUUCCACCAUCUCCCCACUCCAUGCCCCCGUCCCCCUCCAGAAUCCCGUUCGGCCCGCGGCAGGGCUCCUUACCUGGCAACGCCACUAUCCCGCGGGACCGGCUGUCAAAUGCCAACCCUGCGGCCCGCUCCAUCUCGCCCUGUCCCAGUGCCAUCCUGGAAAGACGGGACGUCAAGCCGGACGAGGACAGGGGCGGCAAAAGCCAGAGUCUAUCAAGGGGAAGUGAGAGCUUGUACGCGGACCCGUACGUGCUCCAAGAUGGAAGAAUGAGCAUGGCCUCUGCCCACGGACCACAGCAGAGCCCCGGGAUCGAUGGUACCGAUCACGCCAUAGGAGGGUUUCACCGCGCCUCCAUCCGCUCCACGGGCUCAUACGGCGGGCCGAGCCCGACGGACACUAUGGAUCACCCCUCUCUGUACCGGCAGAAGUCCAGGAACAGCCAGCUGCCUACUUUGGGCUCAAAGACACCUCCCCCGUCCCCUCACCGGAUGGCUGAGGUGCGGAUGAUUGACAUCCAUGGCGGGCCUCCUUAUGGCGGGCCUCCUCACGGUAUGCCUCCUCACGGCGGGCCUCCUCCUGGCAUGCCCCCUCACGGUAUGCCCCCUCACGGCAUGCCCCCUCACGGCGGGCCUCCUCACGGUAUGCCCCCUCCCGGCAUGCCCCCUCAUGGCGUGCCGCCUCACGGCAUGCCCCCUCCCGGCGUGCCCCCUCAUGGCGUGCCCCCUCACGGCGUUCCCAUGGAGAGAAGCUCACCCGUGCGCCAGUCAUUCAGGAAGGAGGAAGCGGCGGGCGCCAAGCCCCGGAACAGCAUGGGGUCACCUGUGGUUCCGGACCUCCAGGGUCACCUCCAGGGGCCCAUCGCAGUUGCCAGUGAGCAUCAGACCCGAGUGCGAAUGAAGGCUAUGGAGCAACAGAUUGCCAGCUUGACUGGUCUUGUUCAGCAUGCACUUUUAAAGGAGCCAAACACUAGUGGCACCAAGGAGCUACUAAGUGAGAUACCAUCGAAGACAUCAUCUCCAGCUCACAGUGCACAUAGCUCAGGUGGAUCCCCAGUCUUGGCCCCCAAGAGCAGCGCAGCUCCACUUGCCAAGGGUCCAGUUCCUCUCAAAGUCAACCUCUUGCAGUUCAGGAAGAACGUUUCUGACCUCAGGAUGCAACUGCAUCAGAUGAGACAGCAGCAGGUCCAGAACCAAGAGGCAUUACGAGUCCAGCUGAAGCGGGCAGAGCAGGAAAUCAGUGUUAAACUUAUGGAGGCCAUGCAAGGCCUGGAGGACCCUGUGCAGAGGCAGAGAGCUCUGGUGGAGGAGGACAGGCACAAGUACUUGGGUCUGGAGGAGCGUGUCCUCACACAGCUCGGUGAGCUGGAGCAGUAUGUCGGCUCCCUGCAGAAGGACUUGGAAGCGACACAAAGAGCAGUGACUCUGAAGGACGUGGAGGAGGGAGCAGUGACGCUGAGAAAGGUGGGAGAAUCUCUGGCAGGACUCAAAGGAGAGUUCCCGGCUCUACAAACCAAAAUGCGCUCCGUGCUGAGGGUGGAGGUGGAAGCAGUCAAGUUUUUAAAGGAGGAGCCUCACAAACUGGACAGCAUGCUGAAAAGGGUCAAGAGCGUGACUGACACACUCAACGGUCUGAGAAGAUGUGCUCCUGAGGGCCCUCAGAAAGGACCGGAUCCCUUCGCCAAGGUCCCGGUGGACGACAGCUCUCCAGCCGCCGCAGCCAAAGCUCCCCCCCCACCGGUGGUCCAGCCCAGCUCCGCGCCGGAGCCCCAGAGCUCCACCGUCAAGUCGGAGGUGAUGCCUUCCUCUCCGGUGGUCAUCCACCAUGUGCAGAGUUCUCCGGUCCACAUACGGCAGUCCCAGCAGUCUGCGGCCCUGACGGCUCAGCCCAGCCCACCGCUCACCCCCAGCCCCUCCCACGUCCCCGCUCCCGCCCCGAGUCAGGACCGGGACUCGGCCAACGGGGGAGCCUCCGAUCCGCCGGGCCCCGCCCAUCAUAAGAAGACACAGGGCAACCCGGUGAAUAACGGCAACGGCACCGCCCCCCAGGGUCUUGUUGUAGAGGAGCUCCAGACCAGCCGGGAGAAGGGCAAACAAAGAGCCAUGUCCAUAAAGGCGGCAGAGAGGGAGUGGGAAGAGAGGAGGCAGAACAUGGGUCAUUAUGAUGGAAAAGAGUUUGAGAAGAUCCUGCAGGAAGCCCAGGCCAACAUGAUGAAGGGCAUUCCCAGUCUAGAAGUUGAAGAGAAUCCGACCCCGAUCCCGGAUGCCACUACGGAACGAGAAGACAUACACAACCUUGUGGAGUCACUGACAGAGCCCCAGUCGGAGCCUCACUCCGACAAGCCGGGCCAGAAGGGGCCUGAGAAACUCCCAAAGCCCGCGCUGGAGAAACCAGCCAAACCUUCCAAGAGCGCCGCAAAGCCGACGGAGAGCUUUGCCAAGCAGGGCUCUGAGAAGUCCAGCAAGUCCCCAGCGCCACCACCUCCUCCCAGGAAGACCUACUCUAGCUCCAGCUCCGGCAUGACUACCACGCGCUCCGGCGAAGUGGUCUUUACUAGCAGGAGGGAGUCGGUCUCGGCUCAGGAGGGUGAAGGGGACACUCCACCACCAAGUCCCCAACCAAAGCCCAACAAGGUUCGUCCAGAGACCAAGCCCAAGCCAGCCACCCCUCCCCCGGUCACUGCUCCCGUUGCCAGAGAAGAGGAGGACGAAGGCGACAGGAUCAUGGCAGAGCUGCAGGUUUUCCAGAAGUGCGCAGUUAAGGACGUAGGGGUGAAAAAUUUGGUAGAACCGACCUCUCGAAUUGAACCGCAAAUCAGAGAGCUAAGACCGGGGGCCUUAUUGCCCCUCAAAGAGAAAAAGCAGAGCUCUGAGCCCACUCGAGAGGAUAAAGAUCCAGACAUAGAUGAAAAUGGGAAUACCACUGUCCGACAAAGCCAAGGGGUCAUAUACUAUGUGACCGGUCAGAUUCCCAAAGAGCAUCCGGCCCCGUCAGGAACAGAGGAAACCCCCGAACACCGAGAGCCCACACAGCCUCCAUCACAGGUGUCAAAUGUCAAUGUUAACGACAAUUCUCCAAGCCAACAAAAGCAGCAGCACCAGCAGCCACAGUCUCCGCCACCCAAAUCACCACCACCUGUCACACCUCCACCCAUAUCACCCAAGCCCGUGGGACUGAAAGGAUUCAAACUUCCACGGACGCAAGUCAAACGCGCUGAGUCCUUGAAGACCAGUGCCGAAAUGGAGAGGGGAAAAGUCCUCAAUAAAAUGAAUACUGAGAGGAAAAAUAAUGCUAUCCAGCAACGUGUUGAUUCUAGUAAAAUUAUAACACCCGAGCCUGCGGCUACCACCACGACCAUCGGCGUACAAGAGGUGCCAAAAGGUUCCGUCGCUCCACCAAAAAAGCCCCCAAGCGAGGCCAGAGAUCCACCAAAACCCAAAUCGAAUCUGGAGGAGUAUCAUGACGAGGCGAGUCUCAGUCCGGACUUGCCCGGAGAAGAGGCGCCUCCGCCCCCCGACAACAUCGCCUUUAUGAUCACCCACACCAAAGUUCAGGCCCUUUCCCGCGGCGAGUACCAGGAACUGGUCAACGCCCAGAAGGGAAACGACUUCCAGACUUUUACUUUAGGUAAUGCUGCUUACCCGGGCGGCCCGACGGCAGUACCCACUGCGCCGCAGGACAACGGCUUCAACAAGAAGCCCGUCAUCAUCAUCUUCGACGAGCCCAUGGACAUCCGUUCGGCGUACAAGCGCCUGUCCACCGUCUUUGAAUGCGAAGAGGAAAUGGACAGGAUGAUGGCGGCCGAGUGCAUCGAGGAGGAGAGCGAGGAGUCAGACACCGAGAGUGGGGGCGGGCAGGUCAAAGCGGCCGGGGUCGAGGCGGCCUCUCCGAAGGUCGCCGCGGACCAGCUUGCGGCCAGCUUGUCGUCCUCGUCUUCGUCGUCGAUCCCUGAGCUGAUCACCGAGGGCGGAAUGAAUCUGGAGUCGAGCAGCGACGCCAAGCACGACGUCAAGAAGAAGUUCAAGUUCAAGUUCGCCAAGAAGCACCUGGCGGCCCUGACCCAGGCCAUCCGCUCGGGCACCAAGUCGGGAAAGAAGACCUUACAGGUGGUCGUGUACGAGGACGAGGAGGAAUCCGACGGCACUAUCAAGCAGCACAAGGAAGCAAAGAGAUUUGAGAUCGCGCGCUCAAAGUCCGUGUCGGACGCGCCCAGGGCGCCGGGCUCAGCCGCGCCGCCGAAGAGGCAGAACUCGGACUCCCUCUACAGGACGGACGAGAUCCGGAAGAACACCUACAAGACACUGGACAGCCUGGAGCAGACCAUCAAGCAGCUGGAGACCACCAUUAGCGAGAUGGGACCACAGUCCCCCGGGGAGCCGGUCGGCUCCGAGGAGGCCCAAGCGGAGUACGGGAAAGGCUCGGAAGGAGUGGGGCUGAAGAGGUCUUCCUCUCUCCCCACCUCCAGAGGGUCAGGCGCUAAGGUAUCCAGCAAAAAGCCAUCGCUGAAGAAGAUUAAACCUCAACUCCUUCCUCGCCCUGUAGUCAUCCCUACACCCACCAGCACCACCACCACCACCACUGUCCCCAGUGCCCCCGCCACAGUACGACAGAACACCAGUGUCGCUUCCCCUACUAGUCGGAUGCCCGUCCCUUUGUCUGCGAAGUCCAGGCAGUCGCCGGGUACUGCUGACAAAGCGGGAAAACAACAAAAACUGCAGGACGCUCAGAGGCAGUUUCGACAGGCUAACGGAAGUGCUAAAAGAGUGGGAGGGGAUCAUAAAACUACUUCCCCUACUACACCCACCUCUAAAAUCCCUGCUUUUUACCCUAGCUCUACUAAAGGCAGCUCCCAGUCUGUGCAAAACUCCGAUGCAACUAAUCCCAUUAACCCUUCCUCCUCCUCUGUAACAAAAUCCAACACCCUGUCCUCCCCCGCUUCUCGUUCCGGUUCCCAACCCUCUUCCCACAUCCCCUCCCUGUCUAACGGAUCUCUCAAACUCCCCACACCCUCCCAGCACACAGGUAAAGCUCUCUCGUUCUCCUCCCAGACUCAGAAUGGUCGAGUGCACUCCUCCUCUUCAUUCUCAUCCUCCUCCUCCUCCUCCUGCUCCUCCUCCUCCUCCCCCUCCCCUCUGUCGCCCACUCCUGUGGGCCCGGGCGGAAAGAGCAUCCGCACCAUACACACCCCGAGCUUCACCAGCUACAGGUCCCACAACGGCAGCAGCGGCGGCAAAUCCUGCAUCCCGACCGCCACAGCAGCAAAGGACGCCGCUUAGCCCCCGUUACGGCCCCCGUUACGGCCCCCGGUUACGGCCCCCGUUACGGCCCCUCUGGCUUUACCGCAUGGCAGGUACAGCCAGUCAUGUGUAGUUGGGUUUUUUUUCUCGUUUUGGUUGGCUGGUUUCUUCUGUUCCUAUAAAAGUGUUAAGUAACGCACCCCCCCCCACACACACACACUUCAUGUUUUAUUUUACACUGGCAUUCUCCAAUGCUUUGCUUUGAGUUGCAAUUUACAUGUUUUUCUUGGAGGUUUAGCACAUGUUCUGUCAACGAUUUUUUUAAAGAAGUAAAAAAAUAAUAAUAAUAAUAAUGUUUUAACACAUUGUAGAUGUAAAAGGCUCUUGUGGUGUUAAAAAUCUAUUUUUUUGCUGUAGUUAGGGAAUAUAGGAUUUAUGUACAAUCACAAAGUACCAUAUCAAAUAAUGUGUUUUAUUUUUCAAACCAGAGAUUGAAUAACUAUAGCAUAUUUAAUCUUCUAUAUUUCUUAUGUUGUCAGACAUUCAACACAGCCCUUGUAAAUGCCUUUUAUGAGUGUAUACAUAAUGUAUACAACUGUUAAAGUUAAACUCAUUAUUAACUUCUGUUUUCCAAAAGAAUUUUUCGUGUUUUUCAACCAUGCAAACUGCCAAUUUCUUUUACAGAUAUGCAAAACUGGUAUAAGUAAUACAGGUUUUCAUUGUAGUGUGCCUAUUUGCCAAAGUUGUUGUACAGUUGUUGUAUGAUUCACUUCCGGCCUAAUCCAGUCACAAGAUUUAGGGCAAGUUACAUGCACUCUCUGCAGUGUUGACCUCAGUGUUUGUACUGGUGGUCCUGGGUUGUUAGGUUAACAAUGUGUUGUUGUCUAAAUGUAAACUGUACUAAAACAAAUUGAAUCAGUUCGACCACAUGUACAAAGAUGCUUCUACUAAGAAAAUAAGUAGUUUUGUUAACAUACCAAAGUUUGUUUGUAUGCAUGCCUUUCAAAUACUUUAAGAGAGUGAUGUAAAAAAAAGAUUAUGUUUGCACAAAUAGAUUUUGUAAAUAUCUGGUUUUUCUCUCGUUUUUUGUAAAGCUUUAAAUCAUACUAUUACGAAGCAAUGUGGUAAAGACAAAAACUGUGUUGGAGUAGCAAAAAUAAAGAUGUGCAUGCUUGUAAUGCAUCGAGCCUAAA